AUGGGCAUCCUCAUCCCAGCGCAGAUCGCCGCCGCACAGUGCAUCGUGCACGCUUCGCCUCGGGCCGCGGGCCGCGGCGCCGCCUGCCUCGACGCCGUCUCGCUUCUCCGCUUCGCCGACGAUCUGUACACGCUGCGAUCAAAGCUAGCGAUGGUCUCAGUUGUUGCAUGCUACGACGCUUACGUCCCAGGACAUGAUGGGAGGAAGGGGUGGGCGGAGCUCGGCGCAUACUUCGCGAAGUUUACGCACACCGCGUUGCCGGACAUGAGUGUCUUCCGCGCCAACUCGACGAUGGAAACCGUUAAUGUGAUGUUCAGAGCUGGAGAAACAUUCUCGAGUCCAGUGUUAGUUGCUCGGGAUAACUGGGAAGCUGGCGUGCGGACUGAGGCGGAGUGGGACCGGCAGAUCUACCUUAUUGCACUGUACCUCGUAAUCAACGUCAUCUGGAGCUGUCUCGGUUACCGGACCGCGAAUGACAAUCUUUUCUUCCCCGGCCGCAGAGACAAGCAGUUGGCGCGCUUCGUCGCCGACCGCACUGGUAUCAUGUCAUUCUAUAACCUGCCGCUUCUUUUCCUCCUUGCGGGCCGGAACGAUCUUCUAAUCUGGUUGACAGGAUGGUCAUACGCAUCGUGCACGUUGUGGCACCGAUGGGUGGCGCGCGUCGCGACAUUACAGGCCAUAGUGCACUCGGUCGCGUAUACCUGGCUUGAGGGCGAGCGACUUGCCGCGCGCUGGACUGAGGAUCCCUGGCGUACCGGCGUCGUGGCGACAAUCGUCAUGGCGCUCAUGCUCCCCUUCGCCAUCCGGCCGCUCCGAGAACGAGCGUAUGAGGCCUUUCUCGCCGUCCACAUCAUCUUGUCACUCGUGCUCCUGGUUCUCCUAUUCCUGCAUGUCCGCAACUUCGGCACGGGGUAUCACGCCUACCUUUGGGCUUGUGUUGGGAUAUGGGUAUUCGACCGCGCCGCACGACUUACGCGCGUGCUCUUCCUGACACCCACGUUCAAGCCAAAUGCUCUCGCACUUCUCCCUAAUCCUCAUGGAUUCGUGAGACUCGCGAUUCGCACGCCGCGUACCCUGUCUCCCUCCCCAGGCUCGUACUUCUUCCUGCACCUCCCCUCGAUCUCACCUCUUGCAAAUCACCCCUUCACGCUCGCCUCAUACCGCCGCACUGGGGCAGGUGGGACCGAGCUGCAUUUUCUGUGCAAGCCUCGUGGUGGGUCCACCUCACUGCUGCGCGCCUCCGUGGAACGCGCACUUGCCAACGCCAUUCCACACGAUCUAGGCGCGUUGAAACUUGCCGUCCUACUCGAGGGGCCCUAUGGUGUCUCGCACCGACUAGAUAGGUUUGACCGCGUGCUCCUCGUCGCAGGUGGGAGUGGGAUCACGGCCCUCCUGCCCUACAUCCCGCUCCGGGAAUGCGUAUCGGUCGUAUGGAUGGUCCAGGACGCCGCACAAGCCGAAGAUGUGCUUGUAAAUGAGCUCCGACAGUCGGCGAUAGGCGCCGCUCUCGUCGACGUUUGGGUCACUGGUAGCACAACACCGAGCGCCUGUUUGAGUCGCUGGCCGCUCGGUCCGCCUGUUCCCCCUCCGCGUGCUCCGUCGCCGGAGUUUCCUUGCCCUGCAGCAUUCUCAGGGUACAGGUGCAGCUACAACUCGCACAUGUACAGGCCGACAUUGUCGUCGCCAGACGCCCAGCACGUGCUCGGCGGCUACACCGUGGUCGAGAAAGGGAGGGGCGAGUGCAACGGGCGCGUACGCGUCCGAUGGGGCAGGCCGUGCGUGACUGAAAUUCUCGAGCGCCAUCUCCACCUUGAGCAUUCGAGGCUCGCCAUACUGGCGUGUGGCCCAGAUGGAAUGAUGGACGAUAUGCGGGCCGCCGUCGCGGCCGCAUAUGGGCGAGUUGGUGGGGACCAGAUGGAGUACUUUGAAGAAGCGUUCUCGUGGUGA